GUUCCAGGCCGGCUAGCUACGGCUGCUGAAGGGCCCGUCGUUGAGCUGCCUUGGUCACCGCCGCCUUAUGGCGGCGAUCGGCGUGCACCUGGGCUGCACAUCAGCCUGUGUGGCUGUCUACAAGGAUGGCCGGGCCGAUGUGGUUGCAAAUGAUGCGGGGGACAGAGUCACGCCAGCCGUCGUUGCUUACUCGGAACGUGAACAGGUGGUUGGACUGGCGGCAAAACAAAGUAGGAUAAGGAAUAUCUCAAGCACGGUAGUGAAAGUAAAACAGAUCCUUGGCAGAAGCACUGCUGAUCCACAGGCUCAGAAAUAUAUCUCGGAAAGUAAAUGCUUAGUCAUUGAGAAAAAUGGGAAGUUGCAGUAUGAAAUAGAUACAGGAGAAGAAACAAAACUCGUUAGUCCAGAAGAUGUUGCCAGACUGAUAUUCAGUAAAAUGAAAGAAACAGCACAUUCUGUCCUGGGCUCAGAUGCAAACGAUGUCGUUGUUACCGUCCCAUUUGACUUCGGAGAAAAGCAGAAGUCUGCUCUGGGAGAGGCAGCUGGAGCCGCCGGGUUUAAUGUGUUGCGACUAAUACAUGAGCCGUCUGCAGCUCUCCUGGCCUAUGGAAUUGGACAAGACUGCCCUACCGGGAAGAGCAAUGUUUUGGUGUUUAAGCUGGGAGGAACAUCCUUGUCGCUCAGUAUCAUGGAAGUGAACAGCGGGAUGUAUCGGGUUCUUUCCACAAACACCAGUGACAACAUCGGGGGUGUGCAUUUCACAGACAGCUUAGCUCAGUACCUGGCUUCGGAGUUCCAGAGGCUGUUCAAGCACGAUGUGAGAGGAAGUGCCCGGGCCAUGAUGAAGCUGAUGAACAGCGCUGAGGUGGCCAAGCACUCCCUGUCCACCCUGGGAAGUGCCAAUUGCUUCGUGGACUCCUUGUAUGAAGGUCAAGACUUCGACUGCAAUGUGUCCAGAGCAAGAUUUGAGCUUCUUUGUUCUCCGCUUUUUAACAAAUGUAUAGAAGCAGUCCGGGCGCUCCUACAGCAGAGUGGAUUUACAGCAGAUGACAUUAACAAGGUUGUGCUGUGUGGUGGAUCGUCAAGGAUCCCAAGGCUGCAGCAGCUGAUUAAAGAUCUCUUCCCAGCUGGGGACCUUCUCAACUCCAUCCCUCCAGAUGAGGUCAUCCCUAUCGGUGCAGCCAUCGAGGCCGGGAUUCUUGUUGGGAAGGAGAGCACCUCAGGGGAUGACUCUGUCCUGAUCGAGUGUUCAGCCCGGGAUAUUUUAGUUAAGGGAGUCGAUGAAUCAGGUGCCAACAGAUUCACAGUGCUGUUCCCCUCUGGGACUCCUCUGCCAGCGCGAAGACAGCACACGCUACAAGCCCCUGGCAGUAUAUCUUCUGUUUGCCUUGAACUCUAUGAGUCUGAGGGCAAGAACUCUGUUAAAGAGGAGACCAAGUUUGCACAGGUUGUGCUCCAGGACUUAGAUAAAAAAGAAAAUGGAUUACGUGAUAUAUUAGCUGUCCUUACUAUGAAAAGGGAUGGAUCUUUACAGGUGACGUGCACAGACCAAGAGACCGGGAAGUGUGAGGCCAUCACUGUUGAAGUUGCAUCCUAACUGUUCAGAUAAACCAAGACGUUUUUUAGAACUGUAAUAUCAACAUUAUUUGGUUUUGUGUAUAAGUGUUGUUUAUAAUAAAAUGCUUUUUCAAAGAAUGGUAUAAGCUAUGUUUCUAUUAAAAUACAAUUCAUUAGUAA